AAUGCAGAGGCAACCGUUGAUGGUCUAAUUGAAGGCAAUGUCUAUCAAUUCCGUGUUCGUGCUGUAAAUAAAGCCGGCCCUGGUGAACCUAGUGCUGCGACGGAACCUCACGUAGCUAAGCCAAGAAAUUUGAUACCGCAACCGCGACAAAAUGAAGCCUAUAAAAGUGCGAGCAGGUCAAACAGCUAAGUUUGAUGUUGAUGUAAAAGGUGAACUAGCACCAACACUUACAUGGAUAUUCAAGGAGAAAGAGCUAUCCAGCGACAACCAAGUACGUUUGGAAAAUGAGGAAUAUAAUACGAAACUGACGAUACUAUACACAACACGUGGCCAAACCGGCACUUAUAAAUUAAAAGCUGAAAGUAUAAAUGGCGUCGAUGAGGCAGAAGUUGAAGUUGUCUACUGGAGAAACCGUCAAAACCUGAAGGACUUCUAGUAGCAUUUGAUAUACUUAAGGAACGUUGCAAACUGAAAUGGAGAAAACCAAAAGAUGACGGUGAGAUUAUUCUUGCUCAUCACUCUUAAGGAAAAAACUCACCCCAUGAGUUGAAAAGCACUUUGCUGUGAACCAACGGUUUUACAAAAACAAACAAGACAAAGUAAAGAAAUGGGCAACCAAUAAAAGAAAGUAAUUUCGCAAAUGUAUUAAAUUUGGUGCAAUUAUAAUAAUUUAAUUUUUUUGUGGAAUUUCAAAAAGUGAAAGAAUAACUAAGGAGCAUCUGCAGCAUUAUAGCAUAUUAUAUCACUUAAACAUAAGUAUGUAUAUGUCGUUUUAUUUAUA